AUGAGCCAGAACAGGAACCCCGACGCAGUCAGCGACUCGCGCCAGUUUCAAGGCCACGUUGCUCCUAGCGAGCCUCUCAUGAAAGGUGGUCACCAAAUCGGCAAACUCGUGGGCAACGACGCCGUUCCCGAAUUUCACGCUCAAACCCUCCCUGCGGGCUCAGCCCCAGCCGACAAAACCUACACUCCAAACCCAGACCUCAACAACCAAAAGAUGUACCAGCAAGCUUCCGACACGCUGCAAGGCGCCACAUCCGCCGACGUGCACACUGGCCUCGGCCACCCAGGCCAGGGCCAGACGUCCAAGGAGCUGCGUGAUGGAUCGAGUGUUGGACAGGGCCUUGCUGGACUGGCGUCCGGCGUCAAGGAUCAGCAGACUGGUGGGGAUAUUGCGACGCUGAAGGAUGAUCCGAAGCACGCUGCUCAGAGGAAUCUGGGCGAUGUGCCGACGGGGCAGAGGGGUAAUGUGGGUGGGCCUCCUGCUGAGGAGAGGGAACCUGCUCAGGCUUAG